UUCUGUGCGCUACUUUGCGGAGGCGUGACAACAGCGGUCAAUAAUGGAGCAGAGGCGCUCACCAUCCAAAUUCAGAUCUUCAUCCAGCUUACAAUGAUCGCUAUCAUCACCCAGACUCCCGCUUUCCAGAACUGCGGCGAUGCCCAAUGCAGCUGUGCCUCGUGCACUUGCGAGGCUGGCAACUGCGAGUGCGCUUCGGAGGAAUGCAAGUGCUGAGGUGCUCCCUCAGCCAAUUGCCGAAUGUCUGAAACCGAAACUGGGAAGUCGUCGAAGUGGAGGAUUUUAGUGUAAUGUGAAUAUAUGUUGGCAAGAAUUCUACAACAUCCUGCUGACUUGAAGCUGAA